AUGAGCGACGAGGAGAAGAUGGAAAAAACCAGCAAUCUCGAUCACUCGACCGACUCCCAUACAGAAGUCAGUCAGGGCGUUCAUGACCCCGAUGCUGGGCUCUCGGCCGAAGAGCGCGCCAAGAUUGAGCGCAAACUGCUAUGGAAACUCGAUCUGAAGCUCAUGCCAUGGCUCUCCCUGCUGUACCUGAUUGCUUUUCUGGAUCGUACCAACAUUGGCAAUGCCAAAAUCGCCCAUCUCGAGCUAGACAUUGGCGUGCACUCCACGGCAAAGUACAAUGCGACCCUCACCAUCUUCUUCGUGUCGUACGCCCUCUUUGAGCCCGUCUGCAACGUUCUGCUUAAGCGUCUGCGGCCUUCCAUCUUCAUCCCGAUCAUCAUGGUGCUCUGGGGCGCAACCAUGAUUGGCAUGGGCUUUGUGCGCAACUGGUCGGAGCUGAUGGCCGCCCGAUGGUUCCUCGGCAUGACGGAGUCUGGACUGUUCCCCGGCAUCAACUACUACCUGUCCUGCUGGUACAAGCGCAGCGAGUUUGGCGUCCGCGCCGCCAUCUUCUUCUCUGCGGCUGCCAUUUCUGGGUCCUUUGGCGGUCUGCUGGCUGCUGCCAUCCAGAACAUGAACGGCCUCGGCGGCCGCCCUGGCUGGUCCUGGAUCUUCAUCAUUGAGGGCGGCAUCACGGUUCUGAUUGCGCUUGCGUCGUUCUGGAUGGUCGAUGACUUUCCCUCGAGUGCCAAGUUCCUGACAUCAGAUGACCGUGCUCGCGUAGUGCGCCGCCUGGAGGAUGACAAGCAGGCAUCUGCGCACGAGGAGCAUUUCAAGUCGUCGUAUCUCAUCGAGGCACUAAAGGACUGGAAGACGUACUGUGGUAUGCUCAUUUACAUGGGACCUCUUAUGCCGCUUUACGCCUUCAGUCUGUUCCUGCCCACCAUCAUUCAGAGCAUGAAUCUGGUCCCCCACAACGACAUCGUCAAGAACCAGCUUCUCAGUGUGCCGCCCUACAUCCUGGCCGCUAUCAUGACGGUUGUCAUCGGUUUCUGGUCCGACAGAGUCAACAGGCGUGGCGUCUUCAACAUGGGCUGUGCGCUUGUCGGAACGAUAGGCUUCAUCAUGAUGAUCUCCACCACCAAGCCCGUCGUCCAGUACAUUGGCACGUUUCUCGGUGCCCUCGGCAUCUACCCCUCCGUCUCGCUUACGAUUGCGUGGGUCGCCAACAACGUCGAAGGUGUUUACAAGCGCGGCGUUGUCCUGGGCCUCGUUAUCGGCUGGGGCAACCUCAACGGCGUCGUCAGCAGCAACGUCUACUUUGACAAGCCGCGCUUCUUUGCCGGCCACGCCACCAUCAUCGGCUACCUGGUGAUUGCCAUGUUUGGCGGCAGCCUGCUCUUCCAGGUGCUGCUUGCGCGGGAGAACAAGAAGCGCCUGGCGGGCGAGCGCGACCACCUGAUUGCAGGCAAAUCGGCGGCGGAGAUUGAAGCUCUUGGAGAUAACAGACCAGACUUCAUCUACACCCUCUAG